AUUCGCGCCUAAUUCAGCAUCAACAAUAUUUAUUCAAAGAAAGAAAAAAAACAUUUCGCAAAGGUAGAGCUUUUUAUGAUUUUCUCCUAAAUUAUGUUUAUAAGAUAGAAAAUAAUUAAUAGUUUUUGGUUAUUAUAAAAGUUUACAUAUUUGUGCUUUUUUAAUUAUUAGAAAUUAGAAAGCGUCUAAUUAGCCACAGUAUUAGGCUUCUUGUAUUGUAAUUUAAUACUGUUGAAAAGGACGAAAUUUAAACUUUGUUAUUUUUGUGCGUAUAUAUUUUGAAUUUAGCGGCUAUUAAACAGCAUUAGCUUAGUCGAUCGCGAUAUAUAUAGAAUUAAUUUAAUAUUACCCAAAGCAAAUUUGUACUGUCAUACACGUUCAAUAUAUGUGUAUUCAGUAAUUCUGAAUAUUCAGUAUCUUUUUACAACGACUUCUGAAAAUAAAACCUUGUCAAAGCUAUUGUGUAUUUAAUGAUUAUUGAAGAAAUAUACCAAGGCGUAGAUUAUUAAGGGGCUAACCUAUCCCUUUUUCAGUUCAUUCACAACAGUUAAUGGAGUAGACUAUGAAAUCAACAAAUGCAAAAAAACUUCCUCAGUUGCCGAAAGUUCCUGUGACCGAGUUUGCAAGAAGUCCAAGCGAUCUGUUUUGGUUAGAGAAGAGUAAUACAGGAGCAGUUAAUGCAUGUCGACAAUUAACAAAUAUAAAAAAAAAACAAGGGAGAAGAGUUACAUCACUACCGGGAGGCAAAUUACAUCCAAUUUUUAAAAAUUAUACUGCACCAGUAUUAUCUUCUUCCAAAACAGCAUUACCCGAGAUUGACCCUCCCAAAGGAGCAAACGUAAACUUUGAUGAUCAAUGGAAGGACUUAUUGCACGGAAAGUUUUCAAAUAUUCCAGAAAAUACUCCCAACUCUGUUAGAAUAUUCUUGGCUUCUGAUUUUUAUGAUAUGAAAGAUGAAAGGAAUAUAAUAUGGGAAAGAGCAGUACCUGAAUUGAUUAAAUAUUGCUCGCAUAGAAAUCUUCAAUUUCAAUUAGUUGACUUAUACUGGGGUUUGCCAAACCAUGACUUACCCUUUAUACAAUACAUUCAAAAAUUCAGAUUAGAUGAACUUAAAGAUUGCUGUAAACAAUCCAUCGGACCAACAUUUAUUGGUUUAAUUGGAGAAAAUUAUGGACAUUUUCAAUUACCCAUGGUGAUAUCUGCCAAUAUAUACGAUCUUUUCGUAAAAGUGUCACAAGAGGACGAACAAAUUGAUCAAAAAGAUAUUGAGCUGUUUAAGAGCUCUUAUUCUCAAGACGAAAAUUUCCUUGAACCUAAAUUUAUCUUGAAACUUGAUAAAAUUGAAGAUGAAUAUGACGAUUUAAAACUAUUCGUUCUAAAUAUUAUAAAGAAAUGUGUUGAACUCAAAUUAUUGAGCGAAGAUGAGGGUCAAGAAUUAGUUAUGUCAGGCUUACACAAGGAAAUAGCAGCAGGAAUAUUUCAAGAGAAAGAUCCAAGAAGUAGCUCAAUUUGCUAUAGAAGAGAAAUUACUGAUAAAGAAGAUGUCCAGCCCGCAAUUAGUAAAACUUUCUUAGGCAAACUACUUUCAGAUAUUCAAAAUCAUUUAGGUAGCACUAAUUUCAAGCAAUAUUUCAUAAAUAAUUACGAAGCAACAAAAGAAGACUAUCUCGAAAAGUUUAUAAAGGACUUCCUAUCAGAUUGUAAGCAAAUGAUUAGUACAGCAGUGGGAGGAUAUAAAAAGUGCAAAGCUAUUCAAGAGCCAAUUUAUCAAGAAAUACUUUUUCAUGCAAAUGUAUGGCAAGAAAAUAUGAAAUAUCACGUAGAAUCAGAAAAUACUUUACACGCAAUCGAAAAGUUUUUAAAAGAUCCGAAAUGUUCACAAUUUCCAUUCAUAAUUUAUGGUCGAGAGGGAUUCGGCAAAAGCAAUAUUAUGUCCCAAGUUGCACAAAAAAUAAGAGAAUGGUUUAGAACAGAAAGUACAGUUAUUGUAAGAUACUUGGGACAGACUUCGUCUUCCAGCAACAUACACUCCCUUAUGGAAGGUGUAACAAAACAAAUUUGCCUCGCUUAUAAAUUAGAUACUGCGAACAAGCCGUUUAACACUCUCUUUGAAACCUUGGAAUUUUUUAAGGAAACUAUUAAUUUGGUAUCCGAAAAGUAUGCAAGUAGUAGACCAGUAUUCUUGUUAUUUGAUGGAAUUCAGAACUUACAUCCUCUGGAAGAAAGUAUGAAAGCACUUCACGCAAUCAGGAAGUUUCCUAAGCACAUUCAUGUAAUAAUAUCAUCUGUUCCCUAUGGUGAAAAAGAAGGAAGGUAUUCAAUGAGUAACCUAUUGACCCAAGAUGAAUUUUCGACAGAGAUUGAGAAUAUGUCGGAUAAAAGUGCCCAAUUGUUUAUGAAUAAGUAUUUAACAUCCUUCAAAAGAACACUUAAAAAGGAACAACAAGAUGCCAUUUUAAAAGUUUGGAAUGAAUCUGAGAAAUGUCCACUAUUUCUAUCACUUUUAGUAAGAGAUUCUUUAAGAUGGGAAUCAGAUUUUAAACCAGAGAACUUACCAAAAAAUAUCAGUGAAUACUUUGACAGACAUGUUGAUGAUAUCAAAAACAAAUAUGGCUCAAAUAUGGUACAAUAUACAUUAAGCUAUCUAGCCAUAUCUGUACACAACGGUCUCUCUGAAGUGAUUCUUACUGAUUUACUUGCACAAGAAGAGGCUUGUCUAUCAGAUGCUCAUAUUCACUGUCCAGAAGUGGUGAAGAAAUCUAUCAUACCACCAAUACUCUGGACAGCUAUAAGAAAACUACUUGGCCCUAUCUUGAAAACAAAAUAUAUAUACGACCAAUACGUUGUGUCUCUAACACACGACAUAUUUACGAAAUUAAUUUCGGAAAAGUUAGAAUUAGUUUGUAGUGGAACAGAAAAAUCAAAGAUAACCUCAAAGUCAACUGAAAAUAGUAUUCAAUUAUGUCAAAAUUUGACCGAUUAUUUUACAAACGAAGGAAAUGAAUAUUCGAUGCCUCAGCCCACUAUUUUUACAAACUUGAAUAAGAUUGUAAGAUUGUCAAAUAUUAGUAAAUUACUUAUGCCGCUCAAAGGAAUGAAAAUGUUAAAAAACUAUUUACAUUUUAACUUCGAAUGGUUAAAUGCCGAACUUUGUGCGAUUGGUCCUUUGAAAGUUAUUGAGAAUCUCCUUUCCAUUAAAUCUUUAGCUCAAUCUCUAGCAGACAAUCGCCUUUUGCUCGAACAUGAUAUACAAAGCAUUAAAGAAAUUCAAAUACUAAUUGAUACUUUGAAACUUUCUACCAAGUCUCUCCUCAACUCACCUCAAAAUUUACCAUUUGAAAUCUUUGGCAGAUUAACAGAUAUUGAUAAAUAUCCUUCUCUCAAGAGUUUACACCAGCAAGCUUUAGACUAUAUUCAAUCGCAAAAGAUAUUUUUCUUACAGCCUUUAUACGCUGUUCUAAAGACACCUAAUGAAUACCAUCAAAAGACUUUCUACGGUCCGACACAUGUACUUUUUGUGUCACAAGAUCAAUUCAUAUAUACAAUGACAAAUAAAAAAUAUUUAUCUAUUUACGAUAUCGAAACUGACAACCUUGAACAAAAAACAACCAUAAAAGUGGAACAAAAAGAAUCAAAUCUUAUUCCAGGAAGGAAAUCAAAUUUUUUAAUUAUAUCCUUUUUCUCACAUCUGGAUAAAAUAAAUCAAUUAAAAGUUUGGAGUGGUGAUACAGGCAUAAAUGUUGUAGAUUUUGAAUUCAAAAAAGAAUUUGAAGCAUUAGAUAUUAGUAAGGAUGAGAAGGUUUUAGCUGUUUGCACAAUCAGCGAUAUUGACCAUCGAAAAGAUGUCAAAAGCAUUAUGGGAGUCGACAUUUUCUCGAAAGAGAUUUUGUACAGAAUACCAGUUGAUAAGUACCAUGAAUCGGUCUCCAAAAUAAUUUUUCAUCCCCAAAAUUCUAACAGAAUGAUUUCAAUUGGUAGUAGAUUGAAGAAAAAUAUCCUUUUAUGGGAUCUUGAAACUGGAAAACUAUUGCAAGAAUAUUCCUGCGAGAAUUUUCCUGAAGAUGUAUUUGUUUGCGGUAACAAUAUUGUUUGUGGAAAUUCGACUUUUUGGUUAUGUGUUAUAGAUAUUUCAUCUAACGAUUUGAAAUCUAGUAGUUUUGACCAAUUUGGCUCAUAUACUACAAUGAACAUAUCGAACGAUGGUAGUCUUAUAUGGGCUGCUACUGAAAACAAUAUUGUUUCUAUCAAGUUAGACUUGGCUCUCUUAGAUAAAUUAUCAUUUUCUUCAUCAAUAUCUUCGUUUAAAUUUAAUGAUAAAGAAGAAUUUUUAUUUAUUGGUUAUUUUAAUGGAAAUAUGGAUGUUUUCGAUAUAAAAACGAAGAAAACAAUUUAUAGUUGUUCACUUCAUAAUGAUAAAAUAACAUCAUUCAUUUCUCAGAAUAAUGUGUUAUUUUCGGCUGGGCUUGAUGGUCUUGUGCAGAAAUUCUGCUUCGAAAGUCUUUUCCAAAAGAAUACCGAGAAAGAUUCGUCAGAUGUACAAACGAAAGACUUCGUCUCAUGCACUGAUAUAUCAGACGUGUUUUUUUCUGAUAAACAAGCUUUGAUAAGCUCAAAAUCAUUAAAUUUACUACAGUAUAACUACGAAAAAGGUGAGAUUAUCAAUAAAUAUCCGUGCCCCGAAGCUGUGCAAAGAGUGAUUUUUGCGUAUAAGGAAAGAUUAAUUAUUGCACUUUGUGAGGGAGUAACAAAGGAGGAAGGGAACCAUAUAAAAAUGUGGAUGACCGAGAAAACAGAAACUCUUGAGUUUGAGGAUCCUAAAAUUUCUAAAAAUGUAUUAACUUUUACUUUAAAUCCACAAGGAGAUUCUCUACUGUUGCUUAACCAGGACUUAGAGCUGCAUUUAGUAGAUCUCUUUGAUAAAACUGUAAAGCUGUCCACCAAAAUAACUCUACCCAACUUUAAGUCAAUUGAGUUUGUUGGGUCAACAAAUGGGGGUUCUGGAGAACCUCAAGAGUACUACGUAACACUUGGUUUCAAGUGUUUUCAUGACACAUUUACAUCCUUCCUUACGUUGAAAAUCACUUCAAAUCAGAUGCAUUUAGUGUCUCAAGAUAGACUAAUUUUUGAUAUUCUAUCAAUGAAAAGUGUCUUAGUUUCUGAAGGAAAGAUGCUAAUUGGAAAUAUUCAAGGUUCCUUAAUAGAAAUUGACUUGGAAAGUCAAAAAGUAAUUAACAGUUUGACUGAUAAACAAUUGUCAAAGCUCUUAAAACAGGGAAAAACAAAAAGUUUCAAUUUAGUUGGAAGGCCCAUUCAUGACAAUUGUAUCACGAGUAUAAAGAUGAAAGGUGACUGGUUACUCACUGCAUCAUUGGAUAAAACUGUAAAAAUAUGGGAUAAGACUUGUCAGAAUUUGCUUGUACUCAAAACGAACUUUUUAGUGGAAGAUGUAUACGUGGACGCAAAGAAAAAGCAUCUUGUAGCAGUGCAUAAAAAUGGUCUCCUCGGUUUGUACAAUAUUGAAUCUGGAGAGCUACUUUUUGAAAGUAGUUUAGAGGGGGAAUGCAAAAAUUUAAUAUGGACCGAUAAUGCUUUUGCUGCAUUUUCUACAACUGAGAGUGUAUCUGAAGGAAGAGUCGGAUUUUUCAAGUCGAUUGAAGCCUAA